AUGUCAGCUCAAGGUCAGCAUUCGCCUUACGGCAACGACAUGCAGGCCGACUACCAGCACUCCAGUUCUGGCCCUGUUCGCACCAACAACACCAAGGCCGAUGACAGGAAUAAAAAGGGGCCCGUCGCUGCUCCUGUCAAGAGUGCAUGUACUUUCUGCCGAUCGCGCAAGUCGCGAUGUGAUGGCAACAAGCCUUGCUCUGCUUGCGUUGGCAGAGGUCGUCCGGACGAGUGCCUCUACACCCUCUCGCGUCGUGGCGGCAAGCCCAAGCCAAAGAUUGACCCAACCCAGGACUUGCAGAGCCAUCUCAACAAGCUCUUUGCCAUGACAGAUAUGCCCUACGCCUUCCGAAGACCCGGUGGUCUCGCUGGACCUUCGGCAGCCGACAUCUCUGCAGCGCAAAACAUGCAACAGCAGCAGCAAAUACAGCCUCACUCAAACGUCUUCAACUUCCCCAACCAAUUCCAGUCGUUCGAUGUUUCCGUCUUGCAGCAGCCCGCGUCACAUCAGAAUGGCUUACAAAUGCAGCAGCAGCAGCCGCAGCCGCCUCAACAGCCUCAGCAACAGUCAGCGAACGCCUUCUUCAACGAUCCCAUGCACGAUUCCUUCGCACAGCAGAUCAAUGCUUUCCCAGCAGGCGGUUUCAUGCGUUAUCAGCUUGCUGACCCUUCUCAGCAGCAGCACGCGAAGCAGCAGUACGCGCAGCAAUUGCAUCAGCAGCAGGCACAGCAGAUGUCCUCGCCUCAAGGUCCCCAAUUCGGCAGGCAAGAUGUCGCCUCGCCACAGAACCGCUUGCCCGAUCCAUCACGCACUCCAGCAUCUGUUGUCUCGCCUCAAUCCAACCCUAGUCCAGGCUCUCUCGGCCCUUCCAACGCUGCUAUGGCAGCUUACCACGCCAGCUCCGUGGCGACGCCAAGCAGCAACAGCCAGUCCGACUCGUCACGCAACGCAUCGGUCGAUAAUGCGGACUCCUCCAAGAUGCUCCAGAUGUUCUACAAGACGCUCAAUGCUGUCGCUGCUGAAGCUGGCAGCGUCAAGGCACUUCUCGUCGACUACUACCGCUAUCUAUACCGCUUCAUCCCCGUUCUGCCUCCGCCCAAGCACAUCGACGUGCUCACCAAGUUCUUCAAACCCGACUCUGCCUUCAUCUAUGCGCUUCAGUGCGUCUUGUCGCUGCUCCGCGACGAGAUCCAGCCCAUCGGUGCGCUGCACAAGCUCUCGGGUCAAGGCAUCAACUUUGGUUCCGAGGAGAAGAAGGCAGCGCUUCAUGAGCGCACACUCAACUUUGAGCGCAAAGCCACCGACGGCCUCGAUCUGUUGCUCGAGCAGGCCGACGGUGACGAAUCUGGCGAGAAGAUGCUCGAAGCGGUCCAGACGCUCUGUGUGCUGGUAGUCUACGAGUACGGCAGCGGUAGAGCCAUCAAGGCGCGCUUGAAGGCAGAUCAGGCGCUCGGUCUUGCUAUGGGUCAGGGUCUGCACAAGUUGAGCCACACGACUUCUCCAAUGCAGAGCCAGUCGGCGCCCAGUAGCUCCGCAUACGUAUCCACGGCCCGUCAUCCGCUCACCACGAUGGGUGUGGACCCUAACGACAUCUUUGAGAUGCGUAAGCGCUGCUGGUGGUCGGUCUGGAGUCUGGUGCUGUGGGCUGCCUACAACACGGGUCGCAUCCCCACCAUCCGUGCCGAUGACCCACGCGUCAAGAGUGAGAUGCCAGCAGCAUCACAUCCAGAAGUCUGGACCUCCAACAUCAGCUCGCUGCAGGCACUUCUCCUCGUUCAGGACCGUGUCUUGGCGCUGGCACAGUAUGGCCAGAGCAAUGACGGCGGACGUGGUUACGAGCCACCUCAAGGUGAACCAUCCAUGUCGCCAGUAUCGUCCUCCUCGGCUACCUCGCCCUUCGCUUUUGGCCGCAUUGGCAUGUCUUGUUCAGGCUCGGUGAUCAGCGAUGACGUUCCACCCACGUUCUCGACACUGCCCACUCGUGCUACGCAACAGGAAAUCCUCGACAGCAUGCUCGAAAUUGACAACUUCCUCCAGGAGCAGAUUCGUAUUUACGAGACCACCGAUGCGCCCGACUCUCCUCUCCCGUCCGAAGUGCCGCAGACAGGCGAUCUGGCCUUUGUCGAGAAGGAGCUCGAGGACUCUUUGCGCAUGGCAGCGGCUGUGCAGCUGUACACCUCGUCGUUGACGCUGCACAUUGGCCAGGCUUUCCAGGGCGCUUCGCUCUUCGAACGCAAGUUGUGCUUCCUCAACUCGAUAAAGGACAACAAAGAUGGUACGGGCGAGACGUUGGUAUGCCUUGAACCAAUGCCUGCGAUCACACAGGAUGAAAGGAUGGGUGCAACGCCCUUCGCCAAUGGCAAUGCGAACGGCAAAGGCAUCAGCGAUGGUAAUGGCAACUCCUUCGGUUCGGGCGCAAGCCCGGCUGCAAUGACAUCGCCCAGCUCCAGUGUGCAGCCGACCAACUUGACGCAGCAGGAUCUUUACGCACGCGGACCCUUCUUGCCACGCCUUUCGCUGCAGCGAUGCGUUCAUGCCAGUCGCAAGCUGCUCGACAUCGCCAAGCGCCGUCACGGCCAGUCGGUCAACCCGAAUCCUUUCAACUGCUGCAGUUUCGUAUUGAUCAGCUUUGUUCUGCUCAUGCAGGCGCUUGCAGUUCACGGUGGCUUUGCCGGCGAGUCGGGCGAGGAUCAGCAGGAUGGCGAAAAGUUCGGACAGGAACAGAACCACUGGUCGAAUGGAAACAAUGACCAGGGCCAGUACGCGAACGAUAGCCUGCAGCGUUUCCUCGACCAGAACAACGUCGACGACGACUCGAUGAUGGACUCCUUUGAGCCCUCGAUCGAUCCUGUCAAGCAGGUACAGUUGCGCGAUAUUUGGGGCCGUGUCCGAGAGGCGCGCGAUACGCUCAUAGAUCUGGGCAAGCACUGGGAGGCGGUCGUCCCUAUGGCUGACGAGGUUAACCUGUGCUUGGAGACAUCGCAACUGUUGUUCAGCAACUCCUACUAA